GUCACUGAUUGUUGUCCUUCUCAGCUUCUAUUCACAUCAAAAGCAAUCAGUCUAUAUUUAUUUAUUGUAAGUGUAUAAUAGUGCAUUGUGUGGUGGAGUGUACAGUACCAUACCAAAGAAUCACGUGAUCACAUGGCUCUGUUUCACAGUGGUUAUUUGAUGAACACGCAAGUGUAUUCGGUGGGAUGGUGGGGCCGUCAGAGUUGUAUCGUGAGCGUGCAGCAGCCUGUGUCGGUUAGCGCACAUUGGCGCAUCAUACUGUCAAGAAAAUAAUAUCAAAAAAAUUUACAUUAAUUUUUAACAAAAUAACAUUUUUUUUAAUUAAAACAUUAAAUAAGUAUUUUUCUGUUUUUGUUUCACUGGUUACCAGUCAGUUUAAAUUGGUCUCGGUGUUUAUGUACGUUUUCAGUAGUGAAUACAAUGUCAAUUGUAAUUAUGACGAAAAGAGUGCGCUGAAGAAAGAAGAAAUGGGAAAACUAAAUGAAAAAAUAAAAUUAUAGUGUAAAAAAAGUGUAAACGACUUGAAAGCUAGCCAGCUAGUGACUUCCGCUCUAGACGGUGGUUGUUUUAACUAUGCAACUUGUUCUCCUGGUCCUGGAGAACUACUUGUACAGCGGACCCACUAGACGUACUCGUGACGUUUAUUUUUAACGUUGUGGUAUGCUGGAAACUUGAUCUGAUGCUGUACUAAUUUCUGAAAGUCGUGCUAUUGUUAUUUUAUUUAUAUUUAUAUUAUUUAUAAAUAUACAGUAAAAUAAUAAAUUGUGAUAACGGUUAAUGCUGGUUAUGUUGUGCGCGCCAAAUGAAUUAUAAAUAAAAUGACAAAUGCUGGCAUUGAUGAUAUGAUGUGAAUUUUAAAUUGAUAUACUGGUUUUGUUCUAACACGUUUGUUUGAAGUUAUCGGUUAUUUAUAAAAUAUCAAUUAAUAAUUAUCAUUAAAAAUACAGUACAAUAAGUGGGAUAAAUAUCAAUUGAAACAAGAAGACAACUAUCGAGUUAAGUUUUAAAUCUGAAGAAUGGAUUAUCAUUUAAAUUACCUUGGAGAUCUUUAAGAUGUUGGACGGGUUGAAGAGAGUAGACAACCAACAAAAUGGGACCCGUUAAGAUCCUAAAGGGAUCCUGGAUCCCAACUACGGAGGCAUGGAUGUCAUUGGGGACGGUGACGAGCAAACCCUCCAGGCUAUUCUCGGACGGGGUGACUUUGUAGGAGGAAUCGAUAAUGAGGCGCUCGAUUUUUCUCAACUCGAGGAUUUCAUCAAUAGUGACAGUCCACAACCUGCCACAUACUUUGCCGAUACCCUCGCUCACAAUGAGACAAAUGGAACGACGACGAGUCAUAACGGGCGAGUGGAGACGACGAGCCAGCAACCUCCAACCAGAUUGCCAUCACCAAUAUCCCAGAAUCAUCCGGUACAAUCUGCCUGUCCGACUGGAGCAACGCCUGUCCCACCAGUUACAACUUACAAGGACCCUCAGACCUACGUUCAUCCACACGCGUUACCAGAGAGUCCACCAGACAGUGGAAGUGAACCUCCGUAUUCUCCACCAGGGCAUCAUGAAACCUCGCAACAUGUUCACUCGCCACAUCAAAAGGCUGCACUGCAGGAAAUUCUACUCCACCACCAAGGAAGUGCUCCGGCUUAUACCUCAAAUUUAUUACCAACAUCUCCAAGAGCAUUAGCAGCAUCUGCUGAUCCAUUAUUGCUGGCCCAUCCAGUCUUGACCCCUCUCUUAACACCCACGACGCCUGCUUUGACAGCUCAGCAGACACUGGUAGCAUCCCACGUGUCUCUUCAACAGCAACCACAACAACCACAGCCGCCGCAACAUGAUCACAGUCCCAGUGGAAUCACCACUCUCUACUCAUCACUGCAGUCUGCUCCAAAGAAAAGGAAGCACAGUCAAGAUGGACUGAUUCACGUGAAGCAAGAACCGGAAUUAGGCAACGUUGAACACAGUUGCAGCAGCAGUAGCGCAGUUCUCGACAAUGACGAAGUUAACGGGGACAACUCUUACAUUGACGCCAGUUAUCAAUGCAUCAGAUUCCAUCCGUUUCAGCAGACCACGUGGCACGCUCUCUGCGAUCAUAAUCUCAAAGAGCUGCCAACGCCGCAUUAUCGCGUCGACGCUGAUAAAGGGUUCAACUUUAGCAACUCUGACGAUGCUUUUGUUUGUCAGAAGAAGAAUCAUUUUCAAAUUACCUGUCAUGCUCAAUUGCAAGGCGAGGCUGUCUUUGUUCGCACUGCAGAGGGACUCAAAAAAAUCAGCAGUUUUCAGCUACACUUCUAUGGAGUUAAAGUUGAAUCACCAACUCAAACUAUUAGGGUUGAACAGAGCCAGAGUGAUCGUAGCAAAAAGCCAUUUCAUCCAGUUGUAGCGGGUUUCAGGGUCGAGCUGGGAGGUGAGCGUGUAACUAAGGUGACAGUUGGCCGUCUGCACUUCAGCGAGACAACAAGCAACAAUAUGCGAAAAAAAGGAAAACCGAAUCCCGACCAGCGAUACUUCCACUUAGUGGUAGGCCUCCACGCGCACACAUCAGACCAGUCAAGUUACCAAGUAGUGGCGCACGCCAGCGAGAGGAUAAUCGUCCGCGCGAGCAAUCCCGGACAAUUUGAGUCCGAAGGCACAGGAGUCAGCACCGAGAGCGGGUGGCAGCGUGGAGCCGCACCAGACACAGUUUACCACGCUGGACGGGUCGGAAUCAACACAGACCGCCCGGACGAGGCCCUGGUAGUCCACGGGAACAUGAAAGUAACUGGACAUAUAGUCCAGCCGAGUGACGCUCGUGCCAAGCAAAAUGUCCAGGAAGUCGACACCCGAGAACAAUUGCGAAACGUCCAACAAUUACGGGUCGUACGGUACAGGUACGCUCCAGAAUUCGCUUUGCAUUCCGGACUGGGCAUAAAGGCCCAAGAGGACACCGGUGUGAUAGCUCAAGAAGUCCAGCAAAUUUUGCCUGAGGCGGUCCUGCCAGCCGGCGACAUCGUUCUGCCAAACGGGCAGCGCAUUGAUAAUUUUCUGGUUGUCAAUAAAGAAAGAAUAUUUAUGGAGAAUGUCGGGGCCGUUAAAGAACUCUGCAAAGUAACAGACAGUCUCGAGACACGCAUUGAUCAGCUCGAGAGGAUCAAUAAACGUCUUGCAAAACUAAAACGCGGUGACAGUCUAAAAAGCUCCGUUAGCACUGUGUCCAGCAUUGCUAGCAGUAAAUAUUCAUCAUCAGCUAAAACCAAGAAUAAUAACAAUUAUCAUAAUCAUAAUAAUAACAACAACUUUAAUAGUAGUAAUAAUAAUAAUAAUUCACUGAGCCACGGGAAACGUGACAAAGAAGAAGAUUUAUUGUGUAGCAAUAAAUUUAUCCAAAUAAUAAUAGUUAUUCUUAUUCUCAUAAUGGCAUUUUGUUUGGUCGCAAUGGCGACUCUAUACUUCCUGGAAUACCAAAAACGCAGCAAUCUCGAGUGGUCAGCAGUAGCAGCAGGAGGAAUGCUGGCAAUUGGAACUGCUCCGACAUUACCAACAACACCCUCUUACGAUUCAAGAUUUAAUCCAUUGCUUCACAGCACUGUUUCGCCGUUUUACACGCGGCAAGGUUUGUUCACCAAAACUCUAGACGGUCAUGUGACGAAGGACAAUGUGAUGUCGACUAGUGCUCCCAAUACCAAACAGCAGUACUAUUCGCAAGAAAUAACUUCCUGGUAUCCGUUCGGUCAUUCGGGUCCGCAGGCCAAGUCUGACAAGAACAACGAAUUGUCGAACAAUUGGCUGAGACAUGGCGCGGGUCCGGUUCCUAGCAAUGUUGAUGAGAACGAUCAGAAUGCAGAUGUGGACCCGCCAGUACUGAACCGCGGUCCGGUUCCAUUGGGCAGGCCUGCUGAUUGUCCUUUGCACUUUACUGAGCUGGAAAACGCUUGCCAAAUUUACUGCUGCACUUCGGAUAUUCACCAGCUGGAGGAACCCCGCCCGGAACAUCCGCCUGAGAAGAAGUCCAUGUCAAUUCAUUUGGAACAGCCGCUGGGUGUUCAUGAAGAGAAGCGGAAAUUGAAUAAGGGAAUGCAGAAUGGAAUCAGCCCUGCGGAUUCCAGCACCCAGACCUUGGUGAAAGACACCCAUUUUAAGUAUAUGCCCAAGAGGAGCAGAAGGGAGGCUGGAAGCGGAGUUUGGGGCGAAGUUGCGAGCAAUGCAGCUGGCUCGAUACCUCCAGAACCGAAACCACAGUUACAUAUUGUUGCAAAGAGCUUCAAUGCGACCUUGGACCAGCGGUACUGCUCAAUAACUUCUCCCAGCGCGCCGAAUAAUUUCAGCUGUAAUGUUCCGUUAUCAAAACACAUGCCUGACACGCAUUUGACGCUACAUUUUAUCGGAAUGCCCUGGUACUGGCAAGUCGUACAGCAGUGUCAGGUUACUCCCAGUCUGAUGGCUGAUGAAACUAUCGCUUGUGGAUGGGGGUACACUCAUCAGAAGCAGCAACAACACCAGUAUGUGGAAAACAGUAAUCAGCCCAGUGACCAGGCUUUUGUUAUUGAUGUUGCCUUUUAUUUGAGGAAAACCCUGAAAUUUCGGGUACCUACGGUACCGCCUCAUGAGCAUGUUUGUAAAAAUAAUCACGGAGGUGAUUAUCUUGAAUUCACGAUGCACUUUUAUCGUGACUGCGAUGGAUGAACCAAUACCCACUGAGCUUGCAGUACGUCGAGAAUCAACACAUAUCAAUCGUCCAUAAUUUUGUUCAACGAUAUUGAAUAUAAAUACAAAUAUUGCUAUUUAUCAACGAGAUUCUUCUCCAAACAAAAAAAAAUUUUUCUUAUUUUUUUUUAAUCGAACAUUGUACAUUGAAAAUGUGAAUGAAUAAUUCAACGUAUAUGCCAAGCUGUUAAAUACGUUUUUUAAAAAAUUCCACUCGAUAACAAUCGAUGGUUUUGGGUGAUAAAUUAUUGAACAAACUGCAUUUAGUGAUGUUGCAUAUGUAUUUAAUAUUCAUAAGUUAUGAAAAAAUACAAAUAUAUGCAAGUGCAGUCUUUUGAAUCUCACAGAGAUUAACUACGUAACUCAUUUUGUAAUUGUAAUUGUAUUGUAACAAUGGAUUAAUUUUUUUAGAAUACUAAAAAUAUUAUGUAUUGAUAACGUAACAGUUACACGCAGGAUUAUUUUAUCAUUUGGCAAGAAACUGUGAGAAUCUCAUUAAAUUA